AUGAAAUUGAUUAUUUAUUUGUGUUUGUGUAUAUUUGGUGGGUUUUGUUCGAUUUUAUCAACAUCUUCGGUGCCACCACUCGAUUUUCAGGAACAAUGUAUUCUAGGAUGCCCUUUUCAAAACAAUACAGAUGCCACUUCACAUUUUGUCGGUGACGUUGAACAGUGUACAUCUGGUUGUAAGUUAUGGCGGAGUGCAUUGGAUUCAUCAUGCAAAGCAGUUUGUAACGGAACACAAGACUGGCUACCACCAAAACAAUUAUAUUGUGUAAUUGGUUGUAAUGAUGCUGUUUCACGUUAUUUGAAUCAACUUCGAUCCGAAUUAGGUACACUUCCUGCUCCGGCACUCGUGGCUGAUACAUUGAAAGCGACAUCGUUAAGUUUAGAAUGGUCAUGGAAUCUACAUCCGGUCACACAACAAUCACAUAUUAAGUAUUUAGUACAAUGGCGGUAUGAGGAGUUAGCGGCUGCAUGGCAAUAUUGUCGCAAUCAAACAUGGAGCUCAAAACAUGAUACGGUCUUUGUGGAUAAUUUACAGCCGUAUACGAAAUAUAGGUUUCGUGUUGCAGUACUUUUAUGGCCUAAUAAUGCUGAUGAAUUGGUUGUGUCGGAGCCAAGUGUUGUAAUCAGUACUUUGCCAUUAGGCGUACCAUCGUCAGCACCAAUAAUUGUUCGUGCUGUAGCGGUAGACAGUUCACGUAUCAGCAUAUCAUGGGAACCGGGACCCUUUCCUAAUGGUCCUAUCCUAUCCUAUGUGCUUCAAAUUGUCUCACAAGAUCAUCAUCCUGUUCUUAAGGAUGUACCAGCACAAAACAAUACUGAUUUUUAUAUGUUUAAACAUUUACAAUCGUCAAGGAAUUAUACAGUAUCAGUGUCCAUGAGGAAUAGUUUUGGACAGGGUCCAGCUGCUAGUGUUACAUUAGCAACCCCUUCUGAAUACAUAGUAAACCAAACCGUACCAGUAUUAAUCCUUGGUGCAGAUCACACAGUAAUCCAACAAAGUGCAGAUAUGUUAGAAGAACCAAUAAUUUUAUACAAAUCAAUAAAAUUAAUAAAAGGCGUUGCAAUUCAUGUCAAUUACAAAUUAUUAUUUAUAUCGGAUUCAGAUGGAUAUGUGUGGCGGAUACCUUUACAAAAUCAAUAUCGUAUAAAGAGCCGUACAGCCAUAUUAAAACCAGAUACAAUCAAUUAUUCAUUACCGUUAGAUUUAAGUGUGGAUUGGUUAAACGAUCAGAUAUACAUAUUGGAACAAAUCACACAUGCACGUAAAUCACGUAUGUGGCAGAUAACACGUUGUUCUUUGGAUGGAUCAAGUCGUGUUGUGGCAAUGGCUGGAUUUGUUACAAAACCACAUCAUAUUGAAGUUGAUCCGUACAAUGGCUAUCUAUUUUGGGUCAAUAAUAUUGGAUUGUGGCGUUUAGAUCUGGCUGAUAGUAGUAAUGGAAUACGUCGUGAAAUAUCACCUUUACAAUUGUUAUUCGAACCAAAUUUGGGAGCAUUCACUGUCGAUCAUACUAAUUUUCGUUUGUUAGUACCACAUCAACAGAAAAAUACUGUGUUAUCCGUAUCUUUGGAUGGGCGAGAAAUAAUCGAUUUAAGAAGUAACACUCAAAGCCCAAUGUUCAACAACGUGACAUCAAUUGCCACAGCUAAUGGUUUAUUUUAUUGGACCAACGGUGAUGAAGUAAUUGCCGAAGAAUAUAAUAAGGCAACAGACAGCUACUUCCACAACACUUUUCCAGAAUUCGAUUUAAUAGAUCGAUCAUUUAUCAGUUUAUGCGUAAACUUACCAACAUCCCAACCAAUUCCAGUUCCUAUAAACCCGCCAACAUCCGUUCAGGCGAUUCUUGGAUCGACAAAAGCAAAAGUCUCAUGGCAAAUUCCACAUUUAUUGGGUGGUCAAGGCAAAGGUGCUUGGCAAAAUUGGUCAUAUGAAUUACAAAUUAUGGAUAUAAAUAAUAAUAAAAUUCAUAAUCAGCCCAAUAUUAAUGCAACAACAUUUACAAUCAACAAUUUAAAAGAAAAUACCGAAUACAUUUUUAAAACAGCAGCGUAUACACGAUCUGGACGUGGACCGUGGAGUUCCGAAUUCCGUGGACGUACAUUGAAUACAUCUUCGAAUGUGAAGUUUGUAUGGUCGGCAAAAGAAGGUUUAUUAUGGUCAGAUGUUACUGGAGAUAGUGUCCAUAUUCUGUUGCAUAAAACUAAUGAAUAUCAUGUGACCGAUAUCACCUGGUUUAAUAAUAUUCUGUACAUGGCGACAAACACGACGCGAGUCUAUCAAUACGAUUUAAAUUCGGAGCGAUUAGAUCAAAUGAAUGAAAUUGAUUCUGCUAGUAGUAUUGCUGUUGAUUGGAUUGGAAAAAAAUUAUAUUGGUCAAAUCCUAAACAACAAUUGAUUACUCGUGGCAAUUUAAACGGCGGACAACAUGAACCUUUACCAAUCGUCACAUUAGCCCGCGAAUUAAAUAUUGAUUCAAUUAAUGCAUAUCUCUAUUGGUCCAACGGACAUUCGGUGGAAUGUGCACGAUUGAAUGGUGCCGAAAGAAGGCCAUACUAUUCAGGUCAACUUUUUUCAGGCAAACAAGUGAUGGGUUUAACAAUCGAUAUCGAUCAACAUAUUGUUUAUUGGAUAGUUCGAAGUUUCGAAGGAUCGACGUUAUUUCAUGCUCCCACAGCUGAACAAUUAAGUCCAACAUCAGAAAUCACAAUGAUUUAUCGACAACAUCAUCUACAACAGAAUGAUAUUCAAGGACCAUUAUGCUUUUUUAGUCAACGAUUACUUUGGCUACAAGAUCCGAAUAAAACAAUUAUUGGUGAUUUAAAUGGACAGAAUACAGCAAUUUUAAGUGGGACAAGAUUGAAUGGUUUAAAAAUGGUUACCGUAAAAGAUGAUACAUUACACGUUUACCCAUCGAAUUUGAACAAAUUGAACAUAAACGUAAUACCAAGAACCGUUGACGCAACCUUAAUCAAAAUUGAAGGUCCUUUUAAUCGAUUUAAUAUUACAUGGAGUCCAGUUAAUAAUGUUAACUAUGGCCAAGUGUUUUAUGAAAUUAAAGCUGGAAAUUUAUAUCCUGAUACAAGUAUAUCUACAACGGAAAAUUCCAUUUUAUAUUGGCAAGAAUUACCCCCAUAUUCAGAACUAAAAGUAACAAUACGUGCAUUUACAUAUUGGGGUUCAGCAACACCAGCUCGUGCUAAUUUACGUUCACCCCCUUCAACACCAUCGAAACCAGAAAAUGUACGAUUAUUUGUUGAAUUUGAAAAUCGUCCGUUUUUUAAAAAGAAUAAAAUUGCAAUAUUUCGUUGGUCUGAACCCAAACAUACAAAUGGGGUGAUUCAAGGAUAUUUUAUUGAUUGCUGGUAUGAAGAUAUUAAUGGAGAGAAAAUUAAAGUGUAUGAAAAUUAUCAAGUGCCAUCUGUUCAGUAUGAGUUUACAACAAAGUUGUUACUAGAUAAUUUUACAUACUUUUUUCAGGUAGUUGCAUACACAGAAAUGGGUACUGGAGACCCAUCUGAUAUAAUAUCAGGUGACAUGAACACAGAAAUCUAUAUACCAAAAUUACUAGCUGCAUCUGAAGACACCAUAUUUAUAAAAGAUUUCGAUAGUAACACAAGUGUGAUUGCAGCAAAGAGUAAUGGUAAAAUAAUUGAUAUUGCGUAUUUAUACAACGAACGCAAAGUGAUAUGGUUGAAUGAUUUACAAGAGAUAUUUAUAUCAAAUUUGGAUCGUACAAAUCGUACGAAAUUAGUUACAUUAAAUAAUACUGGCGUUAGUAUUACAGUGGAUUGGAUUCAACGUUGUUUAUAUUGGGUGCAAUUCAAUCAACAGACACAUCAAUCAACUAUUUAUUCAUUCGAUUUGAAUACGAUCAAUGACGAUAUUUUAACAAUACGAAAAUUAGUUACACGAUCAACCAAAAUACAUCAUCUUGAAGCAUCACCAUUAUCCAGUACCUUAUAUUGGACAGAAUCAUCUUACAACGAUGACCAUACAAAUAUAAUAAAAACAUGUAACUACAACGGUGAUAAUAUCGAAACAUUUUUCUCAAAUGAACCAGGAAACUUAUGUAAUUGUACACAAUUCAUGCAAAUCGAUCGAAGUUUUACAUUAACAAUGAACGAACAAAACGAUAUACAUCUAUUAUUUAUCAAUAGAAAACGACAACUUAUUAUUGAUGCUGAUUUCUUAGGAUGUUACUGUAAAAUCAUUCAAUCGAAUACCAUUAACGAUUAUACGAAAUCAUUAACCGCUACAAACGAUAACGAUCAUAUAUAUUAUGUGAAUAGCGGAAAAAUUUAUACCAAUUAUAAUCAAUUAGAAACGAAUUUUGAAACAAUUGAAAUUAUAAAAACUUUUGGAUCGUAUAAACAAUUAUUUCCAAAUGAGUAUUGUUUAAUACCGUAUCAAUCGACUUCGUUAGAAGUGACAAUGUACAAUCGUUCAGCACAUUCGUUGAUAUUAAAAAUGCCAAAACCAGAACAGAAUGGUAUGGAUACUUUAGAAUGUUCAUCCACGAUGCCUUCAAUACAAUAUCGGAUCUUGUACAGACAAUAUAAUAAAAAUGAUCCGUUGAAAUGUAAUAAAUAUUCAGAUAUUAUAUUAACAUACGAUAACUAUUUAAAAGUACACGAUUUAAAACCAUUUACAAAAUAUAUUUUUUGUUUGGUUGUUAGUAAUUAUUACAGUGCGUUGGCUGACAAAACACUGGUGAUUGGAACGGGAGUUGUUUUGCAAACAGCUGCUGGAGCACCUUCAAAAGCUGAAAAUGUCACUGUAAGCGUUCUAAAUCCAACUUCAAUAAAGGUAAAUUGGGAUCCGCCAAUUGAAAUAAACGAUGAAACUGUAUCAUAUGAAGUACAUUGGCGUACCGAGGAGGCAAUUGGUAACCGUCAAAAAGGUGAACUUGAAACAAUGUACGAACGACAAGCUGUACUACAAAAAUUAUUACAAAAUCAUAUGUAUUCCAUAUGGAUUCGAACAUACUCACCGAACAGUGAAACAUAUACAGAUAGUGAAUUAAUUCAAAUUGAAACGUACCCAGAACCGACAAACAUCAUUCUACGCAAUAUUACAGCGUAUUCAAUUAGUUUUAUUUGGGAAAAAUCAGCAAAUAUUACCAAUCAUAUGAUUAAAUAUACGAAAGUUGGUAUGAAUUCUUGGACGAUUUUACCAUCAACAUCAAUUGUAAAUGUAUCCGAUAAUGUAUACUUUUAUAUGGUCACUCAACUUCAACCAAAAACAUUGUACGAAUUCCAGCUUUUAUUAUCCUAUAUCAACUUCAAUGAAACCUAUGUUUGGCCUACAGAUGGACGUUUCAAAUUUCAAACCUUGGGUGACAAGCCAUCUGCUCCCGGAGUUCCAAUAAUCGAACAUGUGCGAGGUGAUGUAUAUCGUAUUGUAUGGGAAAUGUCGAACGAUAACGGAUCACCAAUUCGUGAAUAUCGAUUAGAAGGUCACACAGAUUCCUCUACACAAAUUAUAUUUCCAGAAAAAUUACUUGAUCGAAAACGUCGUAAUUCGAAUCUUACAUUAAAUUUUGAUGAUGAACUCCCAAAUAAAUUAUUAAAUAAAGAUGAAAGCCCUGAAAAUUUUUCAAGGCUUGAAAGUUCUGAACCGUACAUUGAUGAAGAUGAAAUUGAAAUUAAUUGGGAAGUAUAUUAUAAUGGAUCAGAAAAUUAUUGGCUAAUUACCGACUUAAUUCCGCAUCAAAAAUAUUGGUUUCGUGUGUGUGCAUACAACGAAUACGGAUGGGGGCCAUAUAGUGAUGUUAGUGAAGAAUUCGAAGCGGGCACAGAAGCAUCUGGGGCACGGUUAGCACAUCGAUCUCAACAGUUUACGAUUCUAAUGGCUAUUAUUGUUCCGAUUUUAGUAGCAGUUUGUAUGCUAACUUUCUGUAGUCUUUUCUGUAUUUGUAAACGGCGAAAAAAGGAUAGUAAACUUCCAGCAGCUGUGACACCUAUUACAACAUUAGGGCCUGAUGUUGAGUUAGCAAUUUUACGUGAUAUGCCACGAGGGCGACCAGGAGGAACAUUCGUCCACAGUACAAAUAUUUUAUAUACAAGUUCUGAUUUACCACUUGGAGAUUCACCAGAAUCUUUGCCACACAUUAAACGGGAUCAAAUUACGUUAACAAAAUUUCUGGGAUCUGGUGCAUUUGGUGAAGUAUUUGAAGGCAAAGCUAAAUGUUUGGAUGGAAUAGCUGGAGAAACACGAGUAGCUGUAAAAACAUUAAGAAAAGGAGCAUCUCCACAAGAACGUUCUGAAUUUUUGCGAGAAGCACAAUUAAUGGCUCAUUUUAAACAUAAACAUAUAUUGAGAUUAUUAGGAGUAUGUCGUGACAAUGAUCCUCAUUUCAUUAUAAUGGAACUGAUGCAAGCUGGUGAUUUAUUAUCAUAUUUACGGUCGUCACGACCACUAUUAGAUACAUCUCAAGCGUUAACACUACGUGAUUUAAUUGAGAUGUGUGUGGAUGUAUCAAAAGGUUGCUGUUAUUUAGAAGAACAACAUUUUGUUCAUCGUGAUCUUGCAUGUAGAAAUUGUUUAGUAUCGUCGGCAGAUCCUAGUGCACGUGUUGUAAAAAUUGGUGAUUUUGGACUUGCACGAGACAUAUAUAAAAAUGAUUAUUAUCGUAAAGAAGGUGAAGGUUUGUUGCCCGUACGAUGGAUGGCACCUGAAUCACUGGUAGAUGGUGUAUUCACAUCGCAAUCGGAUGUUUGGGCGUUUGGUGUAUUAAUGUGGGAAAUUAUGACAUUGGGACAACAGCCAUAUCCAGCUAGGACAAAUUUAGAAGUAUUACAUUACGUGAGGAAUGGUGGACGAUUACAUCGACCAAAUAAUUGUCCUGAAGAUUUACAUCAAUUAAUGCUUAAAUGUUGGAGUUAUAAUCCAGAAUGUAGACCCACUUUCAAAUAUUGCUUAGAAAUUUUAGAAAAAUUAAAACAGCAUAUCAUCAUUAAUGCACUUCAACUGAAUUCAGUAGAAUCGAUGAAUGGAACGUUAAGAAGAUUGGAUGAUUCUACGUCACGAAUUGAAGAAACAACCAUUCUACCGUCAUCUGAAUUAAGAAAUGAUACCUCAAUUGAGAGUAAUCCAUCAGAAAUACCAAAAUAUUUAGAAUUAGUGUAUGUAUCAGAAGAUGAAAUGGAGCCAAUCACAUCUACAGAUGGUUAUGAAGUUCCUCGUUCUAGUCUGCGUAGUAAUAAGAGUAAUAAUAAUAAUAAUAAUAAUAUACCACAAGUACCAGCACAAUUAAAUCGUAAACGUCCAUUAUCUGCCAAUUCAUCACUACAACGGAACAAUUCAACAGGACGCUUUCAACCACCACGUGUAAUGCGUUCAAACAGUACAAUAUCCAAUCGUUCCAAAUCCAUAAACAUGAUACGACGCGGUUCUUUUAAUUCAUCAUCCAUUACCCGUUCUAGUAGUUUUAUACGACCCAAAUCAAUAUCUCCAUCAAGCACCAGUGCCACCAGUGUCAAUGUCAGUGUCAGUUCAUCAACAAAUGGGGGUAGUAGUUUAUCCAAUGGAAUUAUCAUGAAUGGUAACCCGUUACGUAAUGGUAACAGUGAUAUCACAUCGGAAUUGUUAUUACCUCAACAAAAUAUGAAAUUUUGUACAUAUAGUAACAUAGCUCAAGCACAGAAACCACUAUUAACAGAAAUCACAAAUUUAACCACAAAUGUUUCAAAUGACGCUCGCCAUGGAAAUCGGCGUUCACUCAAUAGUCAUUCAAUUUGUUAAAAUGUUCUUGAAAAUUUAUUUUUUAUAUGUUCCAUAAAAAGUCAUUUUUACAAAUUUGGAUGUUCAUAAAUUACCUAAGUAAUAUCCUGAUUGAGAAUUCAGGAUCCCAAAAAGGGAGGGACCUUUUUGAGGGACAAUAGUUAUUGGAAAACAUUUUGUUUUAUAUCUCCUUUUGGUAAAUUUUAUGCUACAAAGAACUCGUGGUGCUGUUGAUAUUUGCAAAUCGAUAUUGGAUAUGUGUAGCCUCUCAAUCAUUCAAAAUGCAAUCUGAUGUACCUACAUCUGAAGUCUUAUACAAUUCAGAUUGCAGUCUAGGGCUUUGCAAGCGAAGGGUUUCGGGAGUAUAAAUGCCCUCUAAAAGAUCUGGCUGACACUUUAAUUAAUUUAUUAAGUAAUACAAAGUUUUUGGUGAAAUGAUAAAUAAUUAACAUAUUAAAAGAGACAACCAAUAAAUACAUUUAGGCAAGACUAAAUAAGAAUAAGAAACUCAAUAGUAAGAGAGCCCACGAUGCUAAAUGUAUAGUAACUCGAGCAUCGCCGAGACCUAUUGGAUUUUGUUGCUUAGAUGAUUUUAAGAAAAAGGUUCUAUAAAGUUUUGCAAGUUAGCGGUGGGGGAGGGCUUACAGACCUUACAAAAUGUAAAAAAGUAGGCUCAUGAAGAGGCUUGUGUCAUAUAUUGAAACUAUAAUACUCCUACAUAUCUUUGAUAAUGGAAAUAUAUUCAUCUGACAGUUUUGACUGUUGGGGUAACCGUGCAGAGGAG